ACACAGAUAUACUAUACUAGAUAGAUAGAGCUAGCUAGCUGCUGUCACACACGAGGUCAUACACCGACUUUACUAUUAAAGAAUGGCAACCGCUGUACCCCCGAAGGCUCACGAGAUGAGACAGACUCUGAGCGAGAUUCAGCAGAACCUCCAGUGUCCAAUAUGCCUGGAGGUACUGAGUGAUCCUCACAACACGCUGUGCGGCCAUUCUUACUGCAAAGAGUGUAUCUUUACAGCCAUCUCCAGCAGCAAGAAACCAAAGUGUCCACUGUGCAAGGAACACAUCACAAAACGAAGUCUGAGGAAGAACGAAAUGCUCUCUCAACUAGUCGACGCAGUCGGCGAACUAGAGAAAGCCAUCAUUUCUGACACUGGAAUCACUAAUACCCGCCGAAAAGUGGUGCCACAUAACUCCGGGGUGUCUGGUACUCCUGGAGUGAGACUCCACUCCGUACUCCACCCCACCCCGCUGAAGCCACGCCCACUGGACGACGAGCAAUCGUGUGGGGAGUCCAGUGAUGGUGAUGAGAGGGAAGGCGGAGAAGGGAGAGGGGAGGAUGAAAUGAAAAAUAGACCAUCUACUAGUGCCUCUGUUGUUCUCGGGCGAAAGAAAAGAAAGGUAAACUCUCCCAAAGCGCUGAUGGAUCUCGGCAAUGAAGCUAGUUCAUCUUCAAAUGCCUCUUCCUCUCCUUCCCUCCUCUCCUCUUCCUCCUGUUUGCCUCAUUCCAGCAAGAUCGCUUCUCAGCCAGCUAAAAUCUCUGGGCCCCUUCACCAAAUCGCUAAUAAUGGAGGGAGAGAAGAGGACUUGACUCAAGACCCAGCUAACGCGGCACUGAUAGAGGCACUAAAUGGUGCAUCCCUGCGUUUGUCUGAUAGCUACACCGACAGCGAUGUAUCUCGCCCAAACCUACGACAAAAGCGGAAGGCGUCGCAAACAUCGAAAGACAGCGAGUCUCUUCACAAUGAACUAAUCCCUCCGUCUCAUGCUACCCCAAAUCGAAUCAGGGAAAUAAAAAGGCUUUGUAGAGAAAGAAGGGUUGUGGGGAAGGCAGCACCUCUCAGGAAUGGAGGAGCCGUUCAGCCAAGUGUUUGGCUUGUUACUAGUGACGACAGCGACGAAGAUUAUGUUCCCAAUUUGAAAGUGGCCACACCUAUUUUGCCUGACAUACACCCAUUCUUAUCCGUGUCGACCACGCCCAACUUGCAACGGUGCCCCGAGGGAAGGGCGGAGUCAAGUAGAGGGACUGAAAAUCAACCAUCCCAAUUUUCAGCCCAAACGAAUGGAUCCUGCAGUCUGCUGAAUAAGAAGGCAUCAUCUACAACUGCAGAAAGGAAGGGAGACAAGGCAAGACAUAGGCAGAAGAAACCUCGAGUUUUGAAACAAGCGCCGCUGGAAAUAUUUUUAGGACCGGAAAGGGAACGGUUUUUGGAGCGACUAAAGCCAUCUCUGCUGCUGGUUGCAACUAUGAGACGGUCAACGGCGGCGCUGCUACUAACUACGGUAUUGACGGCUCUUCUGCCUCCACAGACAGCUGCCACCAUCCUGAAGUGCUACUGCAGCGAUUGCCCUCAAGAACAGUCAAUCUGUUAUGGUGAAAUCUGUACGCGACAAACUCUCUACAGCUUCCACACCGGAGCUAAAAUUUCGGAGAGGUGGCGUUGUCUGAACGAUUCUUUCGCGUCCUGCAACAUUUCUUCGUCACUUUUAUCGUACGAAUGCUGCAGCUCUCACGAUUUUUGCAAUAAUGAGAAUUACACGACGUCACAGUUCGAGGAGAGCCCUAACAGAACUAAUAAUUAUAGCUGCGAGACAGGGAAUUUUACAGGAAACUCCUCGACCACAGAUUCAUCUGAAGAGACUAAUUGUACUACAGGGUCAGAAGAUGCUGAGCUCACGACCUGAAACAAACACUAGCUACCCUUCUUUUGUUCCAGAAGGGGACAGGUUUCAAUGCCACGAAGCUGAAUCCGAAAACCCACAGACUUUCAAUUUCACAUUCUGUGAGACCUCCACAACCUGCUUCAACAGUCUCAGAAUUCGCAAUGAUGGCUCGAGGAUAUUCAGAUGGGGCUGCUCAAGAGAAGACCCCGCCCACUCUUGUGCGGAGGAAAUCGAAACCGAAAAAGAAGAAAACUUGCUGUCGCGGAUGGUUCUGCAACAAAGACGUCCCCACUGACUGGGUGAAGGGGAACGAGAACGAGAACGAAACCACGCCCACUAUGACCUUGCCCACCGAGGCCACACCCACCAACUCCACCCGACCACCUCCGGCAGAAAUUUCGACGGGUUCCCCGACAACAGAAGAAGAAACGCCCUCCAAUUGUACACUGGCCGAGGGGGGCAUGUCCUCCGACAUAAAACCGUGCGCCGGGCCCGGCAGUGUGAUUGAAUUGACACCGGAGAAAGUCGAGCCCAUUACCACGGAGAUCGGGGAUUCCUGGAAUUUCUUCUGCUACUGCACCACUUGUCCCGACAGCUACAUAUUAUGCGGGAGCCACUUUGGCUGCGCCACUUUGUACGGCUACGAUAUCAGUGUCUCCACGGGAGGCCCGUCCAUUGUCACCAGUCAUUUCUGUCUGUCCAGAGAUGACUUUGUGUCGUGCGGUCAGACUCCGGGCGUCGUUUGCUGUCUGAGCAAUUUCUGCAACGCUCCUCACUCGCUCAAUCUGACGGAAGCUCUGCCCACUGGUAGUCCGACCGAACCUAUUAUGGCAGAGAUAACUUAUCCAAUAGAGAUACCAUCUGUGACAGAGGGCUCGCCGACCAAUCAAAAUACAGUUAACCCCUCCACUACCACUACCCCUCAUGUUCCAGUUAACCCCUUGUCUCCUCCCACGCUGGUUAACUCUUCUGGUACUGAAUUUGAACAAAGUAACGAGGAAGAUGAAGACCUGUCAUCGUUGUUCUAUGCCAUGAGUGCAGUUCUCGCUGUCCUGGUAGCAGCCCUCGUCCUAGUAAUGGUCGUCCUGAUAUUCUGUUGCUACAGUUACAACAAAAAGAAACAAUCAUCGUCGCCGCGACGACCACAAAUCACCACGGCAACAAGGGAAAGUAUCGUCCCAGUUACGGGGAGAUCAAAUUUCGUGAUAGUGAAAGUUGAAGACAGAGAGCUCUGUUCAAGGAUAGAGAGUUCAAAGGUCGAGCACAGUUGCACGACUGAGUCAACAUGCACACAACCAUCGAGUCCAGAGAGUACUGUCUAAAAAUAGAUAAUUUCCAACGAUGUAAUCAGAAAUAUUCCGAUUGGUCAGAUUUAUACACCAGCAUUAUCAUUAUUAUUAAUUUCAUCCUCAAUUUUUGUGUGUCACAUUAACUUGUAGCUCAGUCACGUUUCCAUGGCACCCCAUUGUACACUUAUACUGGCAUUUCAUCACUUUGAUUAAUUAACUCUCUAAUCACUGAA